AUGGAGGAUGACAGAGUAAAGAAGUUUAAUGAGUCAAGGGACGAGCAGGUGUUGGAAGAGUGCACCAAGGCUCAGCUGCAGCUAGUGGCGGACCAUUUUGGGUUGAGAUUGAGGUCCCCCAGGGUGGCGGAGCGUCGGAUUGAGAUCAUGGCUCAGCUCAAGGCCCAAGAGGAGGCUUCCAGGGAACGACCGCCCCAAGUACCUGCCAGUGUUGGUGGGAACCGGAGCGACGAAGGUAGCAGUAGGGGAUCCAGCGGUAGUAGCAGGAGAAGCAUGAAGCUAGAGAUAAUGAAAAUGCAGCUUGAAGCUCAGCUGAAGCGUGAGGAGAGCAAAACUCAGCUGAAGCGAGAGGACAGUGAGCGCGAAGCCCAGCUGAAGAGGAAGGAGCGCAAAGCUCAGCGGAAGCGAGAGGAGCGCGAGGCUCAGCUGAAGCGUAAAGAGCACAAAGCCCAACUGCAACGAGAGGAAGGAGAAAGACAACUACGACGGGAAGAAAUAAAAGCGAAGAAAGAAGUUGAGCUGCAUCGGGCGGAGCGCAGGCUGCCCUCGGUAUCUGCUCGGUGGGAUGACCCCAAGGUCCGGGAGCGUGACCUUUGA